AAAGUAAAAUGUCGAUAUAUUUUGAUUUCGACGUUGGUCCCAAGGGACGGCAGUUUAGAAGAGCUGUCGAGGCUGAUAAAGAUGAUAUUGAAUUGAUUUGGAAUCGCAAGCACACGAAAGAACUGUUUUUUGAUAUUAACAUCGGGUCCUUGAUCGAGCUCUCAGCCCUAUCAAUAUGCAUGAUAAACGAUAAAAAAGAAGUGAUAGGAUUCAUGGCACUUUCCGAUCAUCCCCCUGUCAGUGGCCUCGAUCCCUCGGAUUGGGAGUAUUGGACACGAAACAUGUUUCAGCGCUACUUUCUAUCUCGCAAUACGCUGUUCAUACACUUCAUGUGUUGCAUCGACGCUGUGACCGACUUCUUUAUAGAAGAAGCAUUGAUAUCUGUAUUCAUGAAUGACUACUAUUUAAAUUAUAUCGUCUUGGUAGUACCCAUGUUUUGUCCUGAAGAAUUAAUAACGAGGUUCUUAACGUUCAAGAAACGCAAUAUAAUGAGGUAUAAUGCUAAAUCUCAAGAUGUUACUGGCAGUUAUUUGUACACGGCUCUAAGGACAGAUUUUUGUCCGAGACUGAGGAUGCGUCGAGCGGUGGAAGAAGAUAACGACGAUAUAGUAGAAAUACUGGACAAGAAGUGUCCUCGUUUGAAGAAAUUGUAUGGUGAAUAUUAUAUUAGCGAAAUAAUUGGCCGCCAUCCUGAAAGUGAUAGAAAAAUUAUUGUUGCUGAUGUGCAAGGCCGCGCUGUGGCUGUGAUGUGCAUAAACACAGAGAUAAAUUACAAGAAACUGCAGAAGCUGUAUGAAUUGCGACCGUUCCACGGACUAAGGGCUGCUACACCCCUCGAGAGAGAACAGAAGAAACGAGGAAAUGCUCUCUUACAAGAAUUCGGGGAGCCGAUAAUGACUGGGCAAUGGGGUCCCUUCCAUCGCUUGUCGGAUAUAAAACAGGACACUAAUAAAAACGGUAAAAACAAGAGUACUUCGAAGAGUACUAGGAGAGUAAGUAAAGUGAGCUUCACAGGCCACGCGCCAAACUUCGACCAUAUGAUAAAAUCUACCUCGGACGACUUCAGUGACCGUACAGUAUUUUCACCUCGUGAAAGCGAUACUACGUCGCUAUACUCGGUGGUUAAUUUGUUAGACGAAGAUCCUUUUGAUUACGAUAUUGUGAACAUUGAUACCACAUUAUUGAAUGAUAAUUUGACCGCAACGGUGUUUCAUAAAACUUUGUCGGGUCCGCGUUUGACCGCAAAAGUCUCCAACGCUUCACUCGUUCAUCAUCAGCGUAAGGACUUUACGUCUACUUCCAGUUCUACAUUGAUUAGAGGAGCCAUUAAACCUUCUAAAAAAAUUCGACCAGUCGAAGAGGAGUCUACAGUUUACGAGGGCGUUGAAAAUGCUUUCAUGAUCGAACUGUUUGCUUUCCGCGAUGACAUAGACGAGAGAUACGCUUAUGACUUAUUGGAAGCGGCAUUCGAACUAGCAAAGGAUUAUGAUUACUGCAUCAUUCGUGUACCGUCAGCGGAUAAGACUUUUCCUUUGUUGCAACAUUUUUGUGUAAGUCAUCUUGUAAUUUUCGAAUCUGACGGGUUUAAAGGUUCUAAAGAUUUUACAAAAACGACGGCGAUUUCAUAA